AUGGAUCAAGCAUUGCGCACCUUCACCCCAGACAGCGAGUUCGCUGACAUGGAAACCCCACGCGCUCCCAACCCCGGUACUCUGUCUAUCACUGCGAUGGCCCGGUUUGAAUUCGAGGCUGGCAAGGGUAACGAGGGCACGAAGGUUCUCAUGAUAGAAUGGGAAGAUGAUGAUCUCACCCGAGUCUCAGCAGAUGGCUCGUGGCAUGUUUCGUGGGCGGGAAAGACUACAAUCCUCCCCGCUGAUGAACGUCCAAAUGCCCACACUCGUCGCUUCUACUUUUUGCUUCCGCCCCAUACCACCAUCCCCCCUGUCGUCACACUAUCGUAUGAACCCUCCGAGUCAAUCGACAAUGCCAACGCAGCCGCAACUCCGUCGUCAAAGGUCCGCGAGUCCCUACAGUUGAACCCUCUGCCUGCCAUAUUUCCCCCCGAGCUGGGAGCAACGGGCCGUGCUGCUGGUAAAAAGGGUGUGCUACAUACCAUCUGGGGUAAGAAACGACUGCGCGUUCUCGAAGAUGAGAUUGAGAAUGAAGCUCUCAACAAUGCCGAGGGAAUCGCUCUUCACAUGGCCGUACAGGAGAAGGAAUGGAUCGAGACUAACUUUGGGGUCACCGCACACGGCACUGAGAGCGUUGCAGGUAGCCAUGAUUCUCCUGCCUCAAACAACGCCUACCCCGCUGCACCGGCCACGCCAGUAUCACCCGUCAGCGGAACAAAACUUGGCGACAAACUUAGGGGGUUGAAACUUCAGACUAGCGAGAGAGAAUUGUCUGUUCACGAAGGUGAUACUUUUCCCAUUCUCAAACUCUCACCGUGGGAGGCUAAUCGUUGUCAAAUAUCAGGCUCGGAUCCAGAACACCUUCUCUCCCCUAAAUCACCUGAUGUAGCAGUAUCCUCGUUCAGAUCGUUUCGCAAUAUUACCAAUCAACCCCUGCACUCCAUGCCAACCCCGAACACACCACUGCACGUAUCAGGUCUCGAGUCUCUCAGGGCAGUCGCUCACUUUCCUCCCGAGUCUGUCCAGGAAGCUCAGCAGAACUCCGGACCUGAUGGAUUCAGCUCAAUGAACACUCUAGAUUCAAUGAGCUCACUCGUCCGUACCUCGAGUACUGAAUCAGGCGAUGACCUAUUCGCAAAGGCUCUUAGUCCUCGUUCGCCCGAUCUUCCCCGCAGCCCUUUCUCAUUCGCUUAA